UGCUGAAUGCAACCGAAAUUGUUUUCCGUAAAACUGCGAGUCUGUCUGUCGCAAAAAGGCCACUGCAGUCUGAAAACCAUCGCGAGCGCUACUACAUCAGCUGGACAGCAGACAACUAACAGAGUUAAUUGGUAUGGAGAUAGCAGUGUCUAGCAUUCCGUCUUCAUUAUAUAACGAUUCGCGGGCCGCAGGACAGUGUCAACCGGAUGCUUGCCGUCCUCAUGAUUCCGUUACGUUGUAAUCUAGACUAGCGCGGCGCCAGCGGUAACUAGCAUCCAGACCCAUGUCAUCAGAAGGCAUCGCAAAGAUUUUCCCACAGCUGUUGUUGGCUGGAGCCCGAACCUGACAGGCUUGCAAUUCCCCGAUGCUUUUGUGCAGACUCCGCCUGGGAUCGGAGUUAAUGUCUACUGUCACCUCGCUUAACAGCGCGCACAGUUGCGACGUUGAUUGGUGCUAUUCCGCCAGAACAAGCGAAGCAUCCUUGAUUCUCUGUUCAGGAAAAUCCGAAGCUUUUCCUGAUUAUGAUGAACGCUGGAAAAUCUCAGAUUUGGAAUAUUCAAGAUGCGUCCCUGACUGGUCUGGAACUCCAACCAAGAUACAUUUUCUGUUUACGGAGUAGUUUGCUCUGACUCGUGCAACUGCCAUUUCGCUGUUCCGUCCGGAUCUUCAAGAUGUAGCCUCUAUUUCAAAAUAAUGGAUAUUUCAACAGUUUCCGCAUCCUCAUCGCAGAUCUGUCGAGCAUGCCCUACAGAGUGGGGGCGAGUUGCUGCAUGGCUUCUAAAAACCAUGUGGCAAGUCCGCUCAGAGCCAACGAGAGUUUAUCCGUACAGACGCCCUACUUAUUAGGUUACUCUUGAUAAUCACACCCCCUCACUACUAGACAGAUCAGCCUGGGAGUGAUGAUUGCUUUUUAUACGAAGAAGCUGAGCAUAUUAUCCCCGAAGCUAGAUCUCCAGGGAGUAUUAUUAUUACUAUGCGUAGAGUCUGAAGUCUGUGACUUCAAGUUUGUACUCUUAUAACAGCUUUUCAUAUAUAUCAUUGAUGCAAAUUCUUUCGUUAAAGUCAUCGAUUUGAACCCCUUCUCCCUGCUGUGGUCGAGUGCUUCUUGCAUUCCAAGGUUCUUAUGUAUGUGACCACUCCAUGGCUUUCCCGACCUCAGUUUCGUUGCAAGACUCCCAUUAUUUUCCGUCAGCAAAGCCGAAGAUUCCUCCACCAUCACCUGCUCACCUUGACUGUUCAUGCUGCAACCUGGUCAAGCCCAACAUUUGGCCAAGAGAGGGCUUAAUGCCACGUUAUCUAAUCCAGCCCCACAAGAAGCCCAGGCUGGUUUCAGAUGCUUGGAGGACCUCCUUUUUUGUCAUGGCAAAACGAUAUAUACUGAAGGCGAAUAGAUCCGCGAGAGGCUCUGGAUGCUAGCUUUCAUCUUAACCAGGGUUUACUGGGUUAUCUUAGCUUACUAUGAUUUAUCAGGUCCGCCAACUUCAAGUUCAACACCCUCGCGCUAGCACAGAUGUUCAAAAGUGGAGAGGGGAAUUUGGUUGGACUCGCAUCACACCCGAAAUGGAAGGUCACAACUUACACUCCCUAGUUUGAAAGACGGGCAAUAAUCGAUGUGUUGUGUCGCGUGUUAGCAGUGUUGUUGGCACCGCCCGAAUCUAUCCUACUUCAAUGGCACCCGUACCGAAGCAUGGCUCGUUACGGACUCACCCUUAGUCUCCCUCCACUGAUCUGAGGAACGAAUUGAUCAAUGAUGAAACGAGGCUGUGUUUAGCGAUGGGAAUAGUAGUACGUUAUAAUCUUUUACUCUUGCGCCUACUAUUCACUCCUACUGAGAGAAAGCUCUCUCGCUGAAGGCAGUGGAUGUGAGCGAGGAUGUAAAGGGCUGCCAUAAAUGCAUGUCAAAACCGGGGCCGAACUUGUCUCAAAUCUUGUGGGACACGGUGAAGAUGUGAUACUGCCCAACCGUGGGCGCGCGGAAGUUAUCCCCUUGGGUAUUACCGUACCCCUGAGGUCUGAUGACCCAGAGGCAAAUCCUCUUCCAAGGAAAGCUAUACUAGACAUGUUAGUGAUAAUCUUGCAGUGGGCAUAACAUCGACUGACUGGCCUCAGAGGUGGAAUAUAUCUCUAGACGUCAACGAUCCUGAUGGAUCAUCUCUUGACUUUAGUCCGUUUGAGAUGGUGUUUAAGGGAACUUGUGUCACGUUUGACGAAAUUCAAGACGAAAUUCAGGAUGUUGAUUAUCCCUCGAACAUUUACAGGAUAGGGUACUAUUCGCAAUUGCAUCUAAAACCUGGCUUGCCUGUCAAGUUCAUAGGACACUUCGUACGCCAAUUAUGAACCGGAUUGUACAGUUGAUCUUCCUAAAUAAAGGGGCGUGUGUUGACGUUCUCCGUUUCCCACUUGUUCAGUUUAUAAUCGUUCCACCCGCCCGUACCUCUCUAUGGCGACCCGUUUAUAUAAUGUCAUAACUAGUCAACAACUUCCACCUUGGUAGGACGAGCGCGUGAACAUACCAAACUGUACCAGAAUAUAUUUGACCCUCACCUGGGUCGCCAGGACGCAUGGGCCAUAGGCGCGGAUGUAACUUGUCACCAGCGCCUCUUUUCCAGAGGUGAACGUUCGAUUGGGUUAUAUCUUCUUCAACAUACCCAUCUUUAGGCAGGAUGUCUUUGCUUAAGGGUGCGCUGAUAGUGACAGAGCCAACCUUUACAAAAUAGGAUAGCAUUUUUCAAAGCGUUAACGCCGGGUUCAGCAACAGAGGUAAAGCAGCGGUAUUUGUCCACGAUGACCACAUGUGCAUGGGCAGUAAUCCGGAUUUUGAUACUCCUAAGGCACUAGAGCCGAUCAAGAAACAGCCAAUGAAAGUCAUAGACGUCGUGGAGAGUUCCUGAGGGUUGUGGAGAUCCGGAUCUUGCGCAGGCCUGCGCCAGGGAGAAGUUCGGAGUUAAUGACACCUCCAGGUGUUUAGUGCAUCUGAGGAGAGCGGGAGGUGAAAUAACUUCCCAGAAUUUCUUCAGAAGAGGCGGUUUCUCACAGUAUCCACUGAAGGCCUGGAGAGAUCGCAUGUCGGCGAGUACAAACGUUGUCGACCCAUAUAUCGAUAACAGGCAUUCCGAGGAGCUAUAGCAGGUUAGCAUACGUACAAUACCUCACUACUUGAAGGAGUCAUGCUCUCCCGAAUACACACAUAAUUUUGCACUAUAACAGCAUGGGUAUAUAAGCACUACGGGUCGGGACAUCAUUGUUUCCUUGUUGCCGUUUCUUCGAACAAGUCACUCCCGAAACCGAAAAUGUACACAUUGCUUGAUCACCGUGUAAUUCCGCAGCAAUUUCGCCGCAAGCCGAGGGAUUCAAAUAGGGGGAUUUGAGCCGGCGGCUGUAUUCAACAUUUAUCUUAUGGUGAUCAAGGGGAACACCAAGCUGAUUCCUCAACGCCUCGAUGUCCUGCUGUAGCUGGUCUUCCACUUGGUACUCUGUAGUACAUUGCCAACGGCAGAGAUGUGAAUUGUUGGCGUCGGUAAAGUUGCUAUGCCAUAGGAUAUGCGGGGGAAGUCCGCAGGAGUGCCACAGCUCGAGGUAAAUCGAGUCUCGGAUCUCGCGGGGCAGGACGCUGAUAAAUCCAAAUUGGACUUGUGGGUUCAUAGCCAUGCUGUUGGUGGUUGGCUGGGCGGGGAUGCUAGAGUAAUGAAAGGUAGGAUAUUUCCGAUAACAGCGAGGGGUGUAUAUAGGUAUGCCUUCGCAUGUAUUCUUUCUUGAUAAGGCGAAAUUAUACACGCAUGCAAGCCGGGUGGGCGGUGGGUAGUAGUGUGUUGGCUACGCUUGUAGAACUAAUAGAGUUCGGCAAAUCUCUCCAUCAUGGAUGUAAUGGUUAAUAGAUCAACUGAAAGUGCGUGAGGUUGUCCCAGGAAAGUUCCAGGCCUCGAUGGUCACAAUGCCUUCUCGGCCUUGCUACGUUUCAGAGACCGGUUGGAUGGAUGGAGGUGGGCUGGUUCAGGUUCAGAAGUCCUGCCAUCGAACCAGAGACAUGUAGACGCCCAGAUUCUGCCGUACCGGGCUUUCAAGUAGGAAUAUUACGAAUCCACCUUAACAAAUAAACUAUUCUUGUUAAAUAACACCUCUGGAUAGCCCCGCGUCCAGGGAGGUUGACGACAAGGCGACCUGACAGCACGAAUUAGGGCUAUGCCAGCACCAAUCAGGCAAGACGCAGUGGCUUAGGGCUGCACCGUCCAUGUAAGAACAUGCAUGACCUCCCGCAACGGAAUCUGCCUCACCUCACUGCUUCAGGCCAUUAGAAAAAAGUGGUAUAUAAAAUAGAGGAACUUGUCCCACUUUUUGUCGUUUCUUUAUGAUUCAAUUUCACUCCUUUACCAUCUAAAUCAGUAGUCAACCGUUGUGGUUCUCAUGCUAACACUUUCAGAGGACUUUUGAAAUUCUGUCUACUGUCAACUCCUAUUAUACACUACUUGAUAAAUCGAUAAACUCGAUAUAUUUUUUUUCUAUAUCUCGCGCGUAUAUGCUUGUCCGACUUUCAAACAACUAACUGCCAUAUAUCAAUAAAGGAAGAAAGAAAGAAAGAAAAUGUCCGGCUUCAUGCGCUCCUUGAGGAAAGGGAUCAAGCGGGCGGAGAAGGGGAAGAGCAAGAUAUAUGACUGGGCGAAUCAACCGGCGUCUUCGCAAGACCAAUCACCUCAUCUUGAUCUGCCACCAGCUUACUCGCCCACGGAAAGAGAUCAGCAAUACAGCGUACGAAGUCAUGAGACCAUAGAAUACGCUCAGGAAUGCGCCGCUGAUACCUCGCCAUACGCCUUUCUUCGUGACUUCGACACCAUCCUCGUUGUCGACGACAGCGGAAGCAUGAUAGGCUCCAGAUGGCACGAAACCAGAGAAACAAUCGCAGCUAUAGCUCCAAUCUGCGCCGAGUUUGACGACGAUGGCGUGGAUGUAUACUUCUUGAACGAAAAUAACUGGGCGGAGCCAGCAACCGGAGGCUUCCCGAGAAUCAAAACAUCCGCUGCUGUUAACGAGCUCUUUGAUCGGGUUCAUCCAUCGGGACGAACGCCCGUGGGAGCUCGACUGUAUGACAUCCUCAAACCGUAUCUGAAACGCGUCGAAGAUAUGUCGAAGGCAGCUCCUUCUAGCCGAUUUAGCGGGUCACCUGUUAAACCGAUUAACAUCAUCGUGAUCACAGAUGGCAUCCCCACUGACGAUGUGGAAACGGUGGUGGUCAACGCAGCGAGACGGCUGGACAAAUGCGACGCGAAACCGUGGCAAGUGGGGAUCCAAUUUGUGCAAGUUGGCGAUGAUCCAUCCGCGAAGAAGUGGCUCCAGAGCCUCGAUGAUAUCCUACACAAGCGAUACGACAUUCGGGACAUCGUUGAUACAGCACCGUGGAGCGGGGCCGCCCUUACAUCGAACACGAUUUUGAAGAUCAUGCUGGGAGGGGUUGAUAAGAGAUACGACCGACAAGCUGUUUCCAAAGCGGGGGGCAGAUAGUGGUUCCUCCAUUUCUUUCUUCCGUCCUUCUUUCUUCCCUUUUUCCUCCUUUGUUCCCAUUCCGGGAUACCUUAACAGGUUUAUCACGUAUUUAUUUACUCAUCCCAACUUGCUUUAUUUUCAUUUCGGUUAUUAUUGGGUGAAGGAUCCCCUCAGAUUUUUGAUUCCCUCGUAUUCGGAUCUUGUAUUCGUAUCGAAUGGUGCCCUGAGCACUUCCAACACUUAAAAACAAUGUCAUUUUCUUAUCACUUCUGUUGUAGAUAUCUCAUACCGUCAUAUUCAUAUAAUUUUGCCUUAUAACUUUUCAAGUCUCUGCUCUCGAGAUAGCUAAAUCGCUACCAGAGGACGUUCACUGCCUAUCAACCAAUCGUCAGUCAGUCUCCAUAUAAAUGCUAUCAGAAAAACAGAGAAAAAAAGAAGAAUACCAAAUGAGUAACUAGCGCCUUGUAAUUCGUAAUCCAUGCACCAGAAAUUGGCGACAAAUAGCAGCAAUAAUCAGAAAACAAGUAUGCAACCAGAAUCAGUUUCUGAAAAAGUGCAUGUGCAGGCCCAAUCACACAUGU